CAUUAAAAAAAGCUACAAAAAAUUAUUUACCUACUCAGUAGUUGAUUAGAUAGCUUAGAGUAAAUAUCGUCGAACGAACAUCAACAUGGACUUCUAUUACCAUCCCCUAUCUGCUCCCUGCCGUGCAGUUAUAAUGACCGCUAAAGCUUUAAACAUUGAAUUGAAUAAAAAAUUUCUAGAUCUUCUUAAUGCUGGGGAGCACCUUAAGCCCCAAUUUUUGCAAAUCAAUCCCCAACACUGCGUACCCACUUUGGUUGAUGGCGAUUUGAAAUUGUGGGAAUCUCGUGCCAUUAUGGUAUAUUUGGUGGAGAAAUAUGGCAAAGAUGACGAUCCUUUAUAUCCCAAAUGUCCUAAGAAGAGGGCUUUAGUCAAUCAACGUCUCUAUUUUGAUAUGGGCACCUUGUAUACGGCAUUUGGUGCAUAUUUCUAUUCACAAAUCUAUGGCAAGAAACCUGCCGAUGCAGAAUUGCUGAAAAAAGUUGAAAAUGCUUUGGAAUUUUUAAAUAUUUUCUUGGCGGAAUCGAAAUAUGUUGCUGGUGAUACCAUGACCUUGGCUGAUUUGUCCAUUCUGGCCACUGCUGUAACCAUGGAAGUUGCUAGUAUUGACUUGAGUAAAUUUGAACAUGUCAAUAGGUGGUAUAAGGAGCUAAGAGAUACUGCACCAGCAGCUGAAGAAAAUGUAGCUGGUAGUUUGGGGUAUAAGAAAUUUAUGUAAUUAUUAAAAUUAAUAAUGAUUUGGCAAUAAAUGUAUAGAUAAUUA